UCACACAAGACAUGGUGGUGACUCUUCGACUCUAGACUAUAGAGGGCUUUAUCACUAUGUACCCUGAUUUUCGGCUUCAUGAUGUUUUGACCAGUUCUAAUAUUCGUCGAAUGUGGCACCUCUGUUUAUCGUCAUUUGAGGUCGGUUCGUCGCGGAUAUAGCAGCGAUUACGUGUGUUGGUUAUAUUUACAUCAAGAGACUGUUUCUCUUCUUCUCGAAGCGAAAACGGAUUUUAUGAAUAUCAGAUUUUCAAAAGGUUUUUAGUUUGGACAUCUACAUAGAGGCUCCAUGCCUUCCGAACUCUGAGCGAAUUCCAGUGAAGUUUAUUUUCUGAAAGCAAAUCUAAAGACCUGACGAUGGAGAACGAUCCGAAUACAUUUUCUAUUCGGUUAGUGAAGAGACCGCCGCACGGUCUCGGAUUCUUGGUGCGUAAGAGAAAGUGCAACCCGCCUGUUUUGAUUUCGGAUUUGAUAUCCGGAGGGGUUGCGGAGAAUUCGGGGCUGGUUCGGAUAGGGGAUAUACUUCUGGCGGUUAACGGCGUUCAACUUACAGAUGUGCCUUAUAACACUGCACUUGAGGUUCUUCGCAGCGUCCCAAUGGACACGCCUUGUGUGAUCGUUUUAAAAGGUCCUGAAGGGUACCGCACUCGCUUGGAAACCGUCAUGUCGCCUGACGGUGCUGUCAAUAUCGUGCGGAUAACCGAAGCGGAGCAGACAGAUGAAACGCCAAACAAGACGUCUCCGGGUAUUGGGCCCAAGAAGCAGCGGCGCUCUAGUCGAGAUAGCUCGAGAAGCCCUACGCGCACACCUUCCUCGACAUGGCCGCGCAAUGCCCAUAUACCAAACUACGACAGUACCAUCUACAAUCAAGCUCAACUUCAUAACGGAAUGAUCGUACAUGGGAGUCAUCAACCACCUCGACCACGGACUCAUACACCGGACAAUAGUCCGUAUCGCUAUGGGAGUCCUGCGCGUAGAUCGCGACGUGAUCGAGAUAGUAGUCGAUCUCCCGCUCGAGGUAGUCUACCGACAAGUCCCGUGAGAAAUUUCAGCUACCGCGAACCCUCCCCUUGCUGCUGCACACGCCACAGUAUUCCCGAAUACCAGAACGUCUUCGCCUGGAACGGCACCUAUCCUCGUGAUGUCUACCAGCUGAAAAUUCUACAACAGCAACAGCAGCAGCAACAGCAGCAGCAACAGCAGCAACAGGCACACGAAGACUUUUACUACGACAGCCCCCGGACAUCUGUAGACUACGACAUAGAAGGAGAACGCGCGCGUAAUCAGGGAAUGUCCCUGAUUGAAGAAUCACACGAGUAUCAGUCCGAGAGCAAGGGCAUCCAGUGUCCUGAGAGGGUGAUCACCGUGCGAAGCCCUGGCUUCUCAUCCCCGGAGAAAGAAACACGAGAUAUCUACGUCAACUUUGCCAACGGAUCACGUGACCACAAUGAGGUCAAAAGUGAGUCCCAUUCAGAGUCAGAGCGGCCUGCGGGGGUGCAGCGAGCCAGGACAGAUCCACACGACCGACAGGAGUUUAGUCAACAAACACCGCCCGAAGAAGGAACAUCGCACAGCGUGAACUUGCUCAAAGAACCACUAGUGAACGGCAUUGAACCGAGUAACGUCAGCAGCAUCAACGGGACCCUAACCCCUAAUAGGAAAAACUCAAGGGUUAACGGAACUCUAGUGAACGGGACAGCAGACGGUAUGGGUGCAGGGUGUUCCGCCAAUGGGGUUGUCUCUGUGCCUGAGGGGGUCAAACAGGCCGGGAGCUACUCCAUGAAAAAUGGUGCUCCUUCCAUUAAGCAGAACAAAACAAAUCAUAUCAACGGAAAAUCGAACGGCAUCCUUAUCGAACCCACACCAAUUAACAACGUCUCGACCAGUGAGAUAUCAAUCCAAACAGACCCGAUUCCAGCUCUCCAGGAGAAUAAUUCUUCCAGUAAGAACCCAGAAACCCAACAGAAUGGAGGAAUUCCACCAACUACCAAUGGUCCUAACCAAGCUGGUCCAGUGUGCCCAUUCACCAAGAAGCAGGCCAAAUACGUCAGACUUCAUAAUGUUGCCGAUGGAAAACAAUUCACAGAUACCUUGCAUCAAAAGUCAUUCAUUGACCUCAAUUGCUCAGAGAAGAAGUGUAUGGGUUCGAUCAUGUUCCCUCCCCGGGAUAAGAAACGAAGCUCAGAGGAACUCACUGUCCACGCUACUGACUUCAUCAAUCAGUACUUCACUCAUAUCAAGAGGGCGGAUACAGCAGCUCAUAAGAAGCGACUGGCAGCGGUAUUGGAUUCAAUUGAGACGACAGGUACUUACCAGCUGACAGAGACAGAACUCAUCCUGGGGGCUAAGACGGCUUGGAGGAACGCUCCAAGGUGCAUUGGACGGAUACAGUGGACAAAGCUACAGGUCUUUGAUGCUCGCAACGCAAACAGCCCACAGGAAAUGUUCCAAGCCAUUUGUAAUCAUAUGAGCUACGCCACUAACAAAGGCAAUCUGAGAUCUGCCAUCACGGUCUUCCCUCAGCGCGGAGAGAGGGGAAAAGACUUCCGGGUUUGGAACAGACAGCUACUUGGUUACGCUGGCUACAAGCAACCUGAUGGGACCAUCAUUGGGGAUCCGGCUGGCGUAGAAUUCACAGAGGUUUGUCAGAAGCUUGGAUGGAAGGGUAGCGGUGGUCGUUUCGAUGUUCUCCCUCUCGUACUCAGCGCCAACGGUGAAGACCCCGAGAUGUACGACAUCCCACCAAAUCUCAUUCUCGAAGUCCCAAUCGAACAUCCCAAGUACCCAUGGUUUAAGGACAUGGGACUGAGGUGGUACGCUCUACCAGCCGUGUGUAGUAUGAUGCUGGACCUGGGUGGUCUGGAGUUCACGGCAUGCCCCUUCAAUGGUUGGUACAUGGAGACUGAAAUCGGCGCAAGAGACAUCUGCGAUAUGAACAGACUCAAUCUCAUCGAGACCAUCGGAAUUCAGAUGGGUCUGGACAUCAGUACCAACGCAACACUUUGGAAGGACGUGGCUUUGGUUGAAGCUAAUGUAGCCGUCUUAUAUAGUUUUCAGAAAUUGAACGUGACGAUCACGGACCAUCACUCAGCUGCGGAAUCGUUCAUGAAACACAUGGAGAACGAGCAGCGACUCCGAGGAGGAUGUCCGGCUGAUUGGGUGUGGAUCGUACCUCCCAUCUCAGGCAGCAUUACACCUGUGUUCCAUCAAGAGAUGCUCAACUACCAGCUCAAACCAUCGUAUGAGUACCAGGAUGAUCCAUGGCCUACACACGUGUGGAAGAAUAAAGAUGGAGGGACAGAUGACAAACCAAGAAGAAGAAAACUACUCACCUUCAAGCAGGUGGCCAAGGCGGUGAAGUUCUCGACUAAGAUGAUGGGUAAAGCUCUAGCCAAGCGAAUCAAAGCUACUAUCCUCUAUGCCACAGAGACGGGCAAGUCUGAGAAAUACGCCAAGACACUCUGCGAAAUCUUCAAACAUGCUUUCGACGCGAAGGUGAUGUCCAUGGAGGACUACGACGUCGCAAACAUCGAACACGAGUCCCUUCUCAUAGUCGUAACAAGUACAUUCGGUAACGGCGAUCCACCCGAAAAUGGAGAGGAAUUUGGCAACUAUCUCCUGGAGCUGUCCCGCGACGGAUUAGGAGACGUACCCAGCAGAGAAUCAGUAGUUGGAGAGGAAAAGGACUCGCGUAAUAGAAGUCUUCGGUCCAUUCGCUUCGACAACAAACCGAACAAGCCGGUACACCGAGCCAGCUCCAUGGCAAAACUGGAUGAGAGCUCUGGAAUACUUGCAAACGUCAGGUUCUCAGUGUUCGGGCUUGGAUCCCGCGCUUACCCACACUUCUGUGCGUACGCUCGCACGGUGGAUCAACUGAUCAGUAACCUUGGUGGUGAGAGGAUCAACCCUAUGGGUGAGGGUGAUGAGCUAGGAGGUCAAGAAGAUGCCUUCAGGAGAUGGGCCAAGGAAGUCUUCAAGGCGGGUUGCGAGGUGUUCUGUAUCAAGGAUGACGUGAACCUCAAUGCAGCCAGUGAAGCCCUCAACAAGAACGAGAACAGUUGGAACACCCAGAGGUUCCGCGUAUCUAUCGGGGAAGAAACCGCCCUCAAGAGUGACGAACUUAUGUCAGGACUAUCAACACUACAUGGAAAGAAUGUCCUGCCGUGUCUCCUCACCGAACGCCUGGAGCUUCAGGCAAAACACUCAGAACGAUCCACGAUCUUCGUGCGACUUGACACCCAGGGUGCCUCAGAGCUCCUCUACGAACCCGGCGAUCACGUGGCGAUCUGUCCCGCUAACAGCAAGGACCUCGUGGACCGUGUUCUCAAGUACAUUGAAUGCGAGUACUCCAUGGACACUGUGAUCAAGGUCGAGUUCCAAAUGCAGAAACAGACCGCACUCGGGAUGUUUUUCGAUGAAGAAGUGGAAGACGGUGUGAUCAAGGCAUGGCACGACACUGAACGCCUCCCGAAAGGCUCCAUCCGAGAAGCUCUCACAAACUACCUGGAUAUCACCAUACCCCCAACACCAGACUUCCUUCGUCUUCUAUCAACUCAAGCUACUGAUAAGGAUGAGGAAAAUGCUCUAGCUGUCCUCGGGAAGGGCGGCAGCAACUACGAGGUAUGGAAGUACGAGCAUAGCCCGAACCUUCCCGAGGUGUUCGAGCAAUUCCCCUCGGUCAAGAUCAGUCCUAGCUUCCUACUGACCGAGCUGGCCAUCCUAAAACCACGAUACUACUCCAUCUCAUCAAGUCCCAAGAUGUUCCCAGGAGAUAUUCAUGCAACCGUCGCCGUGGUCGAGUACAGAGUCAGAGGCAAGAAAGGUCCUAUCCAUCGCGGUGUGUGUUCAUCAUGGAUGAACGAGCUGGAUCUGAAGAAGCCUAUGCCAUGCUUCAUCAGACAUGCACCAACAUUCCAUAUGCCUGAGAAACGAGACCAACCUCUCAUCAUGGUCGGACCCGGCACCGGCAUCGCGCCUUUCAGAAGCUUCUGGCAACAGCGACAGAUCGAGCUACGCUUCACCAAACCGGAAGCGGAAGACGGUCGUAAGAUCCUCGGUGACAUCACACUCAUCUUCGGCUGUCGUGGGUCAAAGGUCGAUGAUAUCUAUCAAGAUGAGAAGGCGAUAGCGACCAAGGAAAGGGCCAUCAGUAACAACCUGACGGCGUAUUCCAGGGAACCCAACAAGAAGAAGGUGUACGUGCAGGAUAUGAUGCAGGCGAACGGCAAGUUGCUCUACGAGACCGUCUGCAAGAACGAAGGUCAUUUCUACGUCUGCGGAGACGUCUCGAUGGCGGCCGACGUCGGAUCCAGGCUCGAGCACAUCCUGGCCGAACAGGGCAAGAUGUCUCAGGACGAGGCUCAUGAUUUCGUUGCCAAAAUGAAGGAUUCGAAUCGGUACCACGAAGACAUCUUCGGCGUGACGAUCCGGACAGCUGAGAUACAGACAAAGAUAGAGAGAGCAGCCCGCCGCGCACAGGUGCUCAUCACAGAUAGUAGCAACAAGCUCACUCCGGCAGUCAAGCCAUUCGAAAACGGCAACGGGUCGAUCUCCGCACGGAGCUCCGAUGAUAUCCGAUCUUUGAAUAAGGAUAAUGGCGGAUUGAAGGCACCUAAUAGCGACUCACCGAAGGGGAGGAGAACGACGAGGAGAUCGAUCACGGCUACCGUGCUUAUGUCUGAAGAAGAUCUCACCAAUCUCAGGAAGAUGGCCGAAGCAGACGACACACCCAGGAAGGAUAUGAGCAGCCACAGCGACGGCGGCAUACCGAACGGCAACGCCGCAAAGCACUAAAAAUUCAACGACCACAGCAGCUGGACUUCUAAAGUUAAGCCUUCACAAUAAUAUUGAUAGGAAGAGUGUGCAUGACAUUUGAUGCAUCAAUGAAUCUAUACGAUGUCGAUGGUGACAAUUAUGAGGAUGAGGAUAUUAUUUUUGAUGUCGACUUUGAUGAAGACUAUGAACAUACGGCGGAACGUUUGUACAACUUAGACGCGUCGCGACGACAUGAAUGCUCGACUGCAUGACUUGUCUUAAUCUGCAGACAACUAACCCGUAAAUGACGUGAAGGGCGGUACAUCGAUACAUGAAAACUGAUUUUAGUUGUAAACUUAUUGGGUCAAAUUCUGCAAGAUGAUUGGACAGACGACGUCCAGUCCCUCUUGAUUCAAAUUAAUGUGAUGUUCUGAGAAAGAAUAACAACAGUUAUGAAGGACGUCAUCGUUUCUGGCGAAAUCAUUACUCGUUUGGAAUGUAUGUUUCCUGGAAGUUAUAUUGAAUAACCAUCGUUAUCUGUGGAGAUACUAACAAGAGAGUCGUUAUUAGUGUACAUGCAAUAGAUCAGACAUUUUAUACCUAAUGCGUGAUGAUACUCUAUUACUCUUUAAUGUUUGUAUAUAGACGCAUGUUUAACCUUUUUGAACACAUCGUGGACAUCGUGAGUUUAGGAAUAAUUGAUGACCAGUUUGUUGUGUUUUAUAAUCUGUGCGGUGUAUAUUGUAUGCAAUGGAAUGCCUUUUUGAUUACGCACUUUUAGCACGUUUUUGUUCGGUUUUCUUUUCUUUUUCAUUUUUCGUUCUUUUAAGUGUUAGCUUUUAAUCACAGGACAUUGUAUAUUGUAAUAUUAAAAUGUGGUAUAUCUAUGUGCAUAAUAUUUUAAGAUCAUUUUUCUGUUUAUAAUCAUGUUAAUUAUUAUUCAAAGAAGUAAGUAGAGAAGACAAAUGUAUAAUAGUAUAUUCAUACGUGUUUAAAGAGUUUGACGUCGGUGAUAUACAUAUUUAGAAUAAGAUGUGGAUAGCAGCUUAAAUUUGAAUAGUGUGAGAAAUAUUCUAUGUAUAAUUGUGAUAAACCUGCGUGAAAUAAAAAUAUUGCAAUGUGAAGUGGAAAAGAUUGUGAAAGUUCAUAGGGAAGAUUUGAAUACAUUUUAAUCAUGACUAUCGUUUUGGUUUAGAAGAAAGCCAUCGUCAGAAAUAUGCAAAUAUGUCAUUCUUUAUUCCAGAAAUGUUCUACCAAUGCUUUUUUUUCGAUAACUAUCUGUUGUUUAAAUAGUGAGUUGUAACAGUAAUAAUUUGAAUGUCGAAGUGAUUGUGUAUGAGUUUGUUAUACAGUAAGUAAAAGCGACUUCAAGAGAUGAGACAGCAAUGUCUAUGUUGAGUUGGAUGAUAAGACAAAACGAAGUUAUCUGUUUUAAGAUUAUUGUACAUACGAUGUGCUUUUGAAAUGAUAAUAGUCGAACUAUUACUUUAUUUUGCUGUGACUUUAAGUUAUGCUAUUUAGGCCUAUGGCGUAUUGAGUAACUAUGCGAAACGAACAAAAUUAUAUAAUCAAAUAUAUUUAUCCAGUGUAAAUAGGUUUAAUAAACACUUGUUAUUUAAUGUUCUGAGGAUUUUGGAAAUUCAUAUAUUUAUAUGUCAUAUUGUAUUAUCGCCUUUUAUUUAAGUUUGUUAUGUACUCAGCAGAGGUCAAGUGUCAGAGGUCAUAAAGGUCAUACAUUAAGUCAGAGUUGAAUGUUUAUUGGGAUUUAUAGUUAGCGAUGAAGUGCAAUAUUCAUGGUACAUGUAUUUCAUAAUUAUGAUGAGUGCUUUGUAGGGUUAUUCAAUAAGAAAGAUAUCAUAUGAUGUGUUUGAAGUUUAUAUUUAGUUUCAAUCAUGAUACUCCAUGAUAACCCUUUAUCAUAUUUGGGAAGUACACCAUUUAUUACCGUUAACAUUUUAUAUACGGAAAUCAUGCUUGUAUUAUUGUAAUACGUUAAAGAUUUUACUCUUUCUAUUGAAUGUAACAUUUAUUUUUAUUUUGACACUAUAUACCAUUUGUCAUGUUAAGCAAGAUAAGAAAGAUAUGUUUGUUCGAAAAAAAAACUUACCUCUGAACAAAUCCGUUUUCGGACCUGAUUUUUCCCGAUGAUGUUUUAAUAUUGUGUAUGAGGAAAAUUAAACUAUAUUUAACGUUUUGUCCCAACUGACUCAGAAAUCUAACCCCAGAUUAUUUAUGAUUUAAAAAAGAAAUGUAUUGGAGAGUUCAUGUAAUGGUUUGAAAGUAGUCGUGAAGUAAUGAGUAAAAUUGAACUUUUUAGAUAAUUAUUAAAAAAAUGUAAGAACAUCUUGGCUACGAUUAUUUUUUUGAUGGAAAUUUGUCGGAAGAAAAAAGGUAGAAAAAUUGCUGACGAUUAUCGAAACAUUAUUCAUCGGCUAAACAUUUGUACUACUAGUAACCUGUAAGAUUUGAAUUGCUCCUUUUCUCUGUCAUUAUGCUAGCGUGUGAACUGGUUACAUCUAUUUAUUACGCAUGCGCAGCAGGAGGCGAAAGACUCUUCUGCUCAUCCACCGACAAGUUUCUCCGUGGUCAAUUUCUGUUACCCCAUACCCAUUAUAAUUCAUGCCCUUUAUAACCCUUCAUCUACGGCGAAGUAGAUCAGAGGAAGCAUUGGUCGCCGGUGCAUUACGUUGGAUCAUUAAUCAAUUAUGUAAAUGUCGCGUCUUUCAAAAGCAUUUGAACAAUCAUCGAGGACAAUCAUUCAUUCUUUUUGGAAUUGAAGUGCUUAUCGUUGUUGGUUUUGUUUUCGGAGUUAAUCAUUAUCCAGUAUGUUCAUUUCAUACAGUGUUUAUAAAAGGAAAUGGACCAACUUUAUUGAGUAUUUUCGGUGUCAUUCAUACAUUUCUUAGUAUUGAAAAUAGAGAGAUCACUUGUAUAAUCAUAUGUAUACAAUUAAGGUAUAUUUAAAAUUCAAUUGUAGUGUAUGUCCUCUAGGGUUAGACAUAGCAGACAGUAAUGUUCGAGUAUCAUCAAAUUAUUAUCACAGAAAGCGAGAUAAAAUUAUACUAUGUUACUAUGGUAACUAAACUACUUGUAAAUAAAGUCGUAGCGAGAUUUGGAAGAGAGAUAUAAGCUGAUAUGAAGAAGCAAAGCACUGUGUGAGGUUUGGAUGGAAGAAGAAGUCUUAAAAGUCGUUUCUGUUCUUACAGCUUGGCAAGAUAUGUUUUGUACAGUGAUUUGCAUAAAAGGUACAAAGGUUAUUGCGCAUGCGCUUGUGUUUUAAACUUGACUUGUUAUCUAUUCAUCUUAUUUACCUUAUUAAUAUGUUAUCCUAAUUCUGGUAUGUUACACUGUUUUUGUUUUGGUUUCUCGACAAACAGACACGUUGUUGUUUUAAAAAAUAAAAUAUCGUGAACGGGAGAAGAAAAAGAAUUAAAAUAAAUAAUUGAACUAACUUCUUUUGCAUUAUUUCCUUUAAACUUUGGACCUGCUGUAAUUACGCACAGCCAAAUCAGAUAUCAAAAUACAUGAUACAGAGGUAAUAUUCAAAUUAAGGACCCUCUCUUGAGGUUUACAAACAUUUCCAUUCCGAAUGUUCUUAAAGAUGAGUCACUUAAGAGGAGCAUUGAAGAUAUACAUAUUUAAUUCAAAGUCAACUAUAGCAGUGAAGGGCUACAAGAUUCCCAUGUGCACUAAAACAAAAAUGUAUCAAAAUAGAUCUGUUUACUAAUAUAUUGCAAUUUAUUGAUGUUUAUAUCAAGAUUCAAUGGUUACUGACUAUUUCAUUUACCUACUAUAAAUAAUGAAAUCUCUAUUGAUGGAAUUCAUUUUGCAUACAUUAGUUGUUAUGCCGGGAAAGCCUCUGGCAAGCUUUUUAGUUGUCAAGAGCGUUUUUUGUUCAAAAGGUAUGCAAACAAUUAGCAAACAGGUCUAUUGGUUAGUAAAUGGAGAAAUAUAUCAAGCGAGCGUUGUGCCGGGGCAGAGUAGUUAUGUGAAGGUACCUGUACUAACUUAAGAAAUAUAUUAUGCUACUUAAGAACGUUUGUAUUUAUCAUGUUACAUUUCUGUUUAUACUUUUCUUUAUGUGGAAAAUAUCGUUUGAAUUAUUUUUAGAUUUAUUGUAUAUUUUAUAUUUUGUGUUCCUUUUCAUUUGCUGAAAUUGGCUAUUGGUUUUGUACUUUGAUUUUUCUUUUGAUUUUUAAAUGUUACUUAUAUCGUUUCACCAGGCAUCUGGGAAAAUAUUUUUUUGCUCGUUUCCAAGAUUGUUUAUUUGUAGUGUAUUCAUUCAGUUUAAUUUCAGAGGGAAAAAAAGAUUGUAAAUUGUUUCUGAAUAUGUUUUGAUUAUGUUCUUAAGUUAUUUAUGUUGCGCGGAUGUAUUUUUUUUUCUUCAAUUUUAUAUCAUGUAAAGAUGACGUAAUGCCUUCGAGCAGAAAUGUGAAAUCCAGGGCGAUAAAGGUCAGCAUAGAACUCUACAUAUAGUUUUUUUUCCAUAUGAUCUUAAUUCUUCGUGUAUUAUUUCUAAACAUUCUACUUAGCAAAGUGUAACGUAGAUGCAUGAUGUUGUUAUCCUUUUUCACUUGAUUAUCGUUCAUAAUUAUUAUCGUUACUGUUGACAAUCAUGUAACCAUACCCCGGCUUUCUUUAACGAAUGAUCAAUUGAUUGAGAAUGGUGUAAACAAAAGGUUAAGUGGAAAACAAAAAUAAUUACUUCUGUAAAAUGCAACGUGUGUCACUGCAGUGAGGAGAUUAUAUUAAUUAAAACAAAAACAGGUGUUCUGUGAUACGAAA